CAAUGGAGAAUAGACUGGGGACUUUUCACAGCAUCCUACUGAUGCGAUUCAUAUUGUUAGAUGAUUUCCAUGUGUUGACUCGUCGCGGUAUGUAGUGUAAGGAGUUGAAAUUGUUACCUACUUGACGUGGGUUGUUUCCGGAAUUUUUCUUUGGUUUUGUUAGUUUGUAGGCUCGUUUGACGCGAUGUUGGGCCUGUCGAGGUGCUUAUUCUAGGUGAAGUCACUCCCAAGAAAUGUAGCUUGUGGUUACAGCACUGGUAGAGCUGUCACUUAAGGUGUUGCUGUGUGAACGAUGCAUGAGCGAUGUCUGAUGUUGAGGCCACGUACGCAGACUUCAUCGCCUCUGGCAGGACGGGACGCAGGAACGCCAUGCACGACAUUCUGCAGAGUCCCAGCGACCCUGAUGGGAGAGAACUGCCCCUCACCCUGUCUCUGUCCCAGCUGCACAUCAACGCAGGAGGAGGAGAUGGAGACGACACUGAGGACAGCCAGAGCUCUUCGUCCUCGGCACACAGGGAGAUGGGGCAGAGGAACAGCUAACCUGUCACACUCUCUUGCCAGUGGACAGAGAGCUACGAGAUGGAUUCCAGUCGCCAUUGUGACAAAAGCUUUUGUUCAAAGUGGGCUGGUAGCUGGAGGCUAGUCCACCACUGCUGAGGUGCCUAAAAGCAGGGCACUGAACCCCUCAUCUUUAUGUAGAGGCGCUGUGCUGCGAUGUGACCACCCAGUGCUCUCAUGUCCCUGUGGCUCUGCUGUGCACUAGAAUAACAGACUGUUGGCAGGGCUGUAUUUCAGAGUUGGAGUGAGCAGAGAGACAAAUGUGUAGCUCAUGUACAGCUGAUUUUACUUUCAGUCUUAGUUACUAAACACGCAGGCUGGAGGAAGGAAUGAAAAGAGACAAUAGACAGAGAUCUUAUGUGUAGUUGUGCAAGCAAUUUGUAAGACCACUGAGACGUGCUGAUGUAAUGGGUCACAGUGGGAGUAGCAUGUUUGUAGUGAUGCUGAUAGAGAUUAUAUUGCCAGUUAAUGGCCUGUGCUUCCUCUGAAUUGACAAUACCAUGGAGGGAAUUGGACUACUUGGUUGGAGUAGUUGGGAAACACCAUGUACAAAAACACUGGGGCUUACUUUAUCUGUUGAAAAUAUGUUCACUGAUUCUAUUGUGUUUUAUGAGACAAAAUCCAGUAAUAUUCUGUAUGUGAAAUUGUUUUUUACUGUAGAAAGCCAAAUAUAGAUGGUGGUGUGAAAGUGUUCUGUUAAACAACAAUAAUUAAUAUACAUUUUAAUUGACUACAGUAUGAAUGACGUGUUUUAUUCAGACUCAGUGGUUAAAAAUGAUGAUGAUGCUGUACUAUCUUUUAAGAUGUUUAUACUUUUUGUUACUUUUUUAUGAUGCCGUUAUAAUCAAAACCUUCAAAAAAGUUUGACAUUUUUAGGAAUAUGCUUUUUCUGUUUCUUGCUGAGAGUAAGAUAAGAGGAUUGAUGUUGGUCUUAUAGGCUGAAUGCUAGAUAUGUUGCUGCAUUUAGCGGAAGGUUAGCUUGGCUAAGGAUGCAAAGUGGACACGGAGAAACAGCUAGCCUAUCUCUGUCCAGAGGAUCAGUCAAUAACUACCAGCCCCUCUCAAGUUUACUAACUCACAUAUCGUAAUGUUAUAUCAUGUUUUCAUACCUGGUACAAAAACUGACGUGUCAAAACAAAAACCAGUUGCCAGGCUAUCAGCAGAGACUCAAGGAAGUUAGCCGUGUUUUUUCACCUUGGAUUUUGUACAGAAUAAAAAAAUGAAAUAAUAUGUGUUAUUAGUGAGCGUAAGAGGUGCUGGUAGGCAGACUGUGUAACCUUCAGACUGAGCAAGGCGAGCUGUUUCUACUUGUUCCCACGUGUCAUGUUAGCUAAGCUGAAAGCUGUGGUAUCAAAGUUUAUGUCAAUGUCUUUGGACCUUGAACUGUUACCUACUAUAUAUACAGCUGUAGGAAAAAACCACUGCACAUUUUUUCUACAUGUAUGGCAGCCAUUCCAGUGUCUGUUGAAUCCCAACACAGACAACAAUUGUCAGUAGUUUAUAGAAUACAAUCAAAAAAAUACAAGUAAUAAUUUAACUCAAAGACUUACCUAUAAAUAAUAAAACAGAAAGAGAAAUGAUAAUGCUAAAGUGGUCUCUUAAUCUGUUCCGCGGCUGUGUAACAUUUUUAGAAUGUUAGAGUCAGUUUUGGUUCGUUUGUUUGUGAAAAUAUGUGUUCUGUGACAGACUCUUGUUAUUUAGUUGGCUACCUUAAGCUAACUCUUUAUUGCUCUGGCUACAUUUUUAGCAUUCAGACAUGAGAGAGGUAUCUAUCUUCUUGUCUUAUUCCCAGCAGUAAGGUGAACACAUUUUUCUCAAAAUAUUAAACUAUUCGAUAAAUGUAGAUAUGCAAUACUCAGUGGAGCUUCCAGUUAGUGUAACAUGUUUGUGUGAAAGUUUCGAUCUAUGACAUUGAGGCUGCCUACCGGCUUCUUUGUGUAAUAAUGGAUGCAUCCCAUAAUCAUCAUCUGUAAAGACCAUCAUGCAUGCACUCUUAAAACUGUGUACUUUGUUAUUUUUCUUGUAUAAUCUCACCGUAAUACUGCAGCUUGACUGCGCCUCCUUCUUAGUCAUGCUGAAGAUCUUACAGCAAGUAUAACUCUUUUUUAAAUAUUACUUAUUCAAUCAGGUUUUCAAGUUGUAAACUGCCAUGUGACCAUAGUGACUCCCACCCGCUUUGUCAACACUGUAUAGCCUAACUGUUCAUAACUCAGCAUGUAGAGUUAUAGCAGGUGCAUGAUUCUGUGUAGGUGUUUCUCGGACUGUCUAUAACCAUGUUUUCUACUCUGUGUCAAA